AUGACAACUACAAUCGAUCACGUGGCACAAGAGCGUCUUCAAAAAAUUGCGGACUCUUAUGUGAGCAGAGAAUAUGGCAUACCGGGACUGGUAUUCUGUGUCGUCGACAGCGCAGGCAACCAGUUAUCCCACUGCGCCAGCGGAAGGCAAGGCCAUGAUCUUGAUUGCCUCAUGGAUGAGAACACCAGAUUCUGGUUUGCUUCUUGUACAAAGAUGAUCACAGCUAUCGCAGCCAUGCAGCUCGUCGAAGCCAACGAAAUUCGGCUUGACGAUGGAGAUCAGCUGGAACAGAUCCUCUGGGAACUACAGGAUCGCAAGGUCCUUGUAGAGGAUGCAAAGGGUCAACUUUCGCUUGUUGACAAGCGAACAAAGAUCACUUUAAGAAUGCUGCUCUCGCAUACUGCGGGCUUUGGCUACAGCUUCUCCAAUUCCAAACUGAAAAAGUGGUCUGAACCUCGGGGCAUCCUCGAGGUCAGUUCCGACGAACACGAUAUCUUUGAACAACCUCUCGUUAAUCAGCCUGGAACGAUGUGGGAAUAUGGCACCAACAUGGACUGGGUUGGUCGUUUGAUCGAGCGUAUCACGUCUAUGUCGCUUGGCGAAUAUAUGAAAAAGCACAUCUUCGAUCAAAUCGGAGUAUCCAGUUUGACCUUCUUUCCAUCAAGUGACACACUGGCCUAUCUGCACGAGCGAAUGCCAUCUGGACAGAUCAAAAUCCGAGACUGUGGACAUCUCCUUCGUAGAGCGAUUCAGCAUCGUCAAGGCGUUCACGAACCAGACUUAACAUUCCUGCAAGCGGGCGGUCACGGACUAUUCGGCACUCCGAGUGAUUACUGUCAAAUCAUAUCGAUACUUCUCAACAAAGGAGUCCAUGCUCCUACUGGAACUCGGAUCCUGCAAGAAGGGACGGUCCAACAAAUGCUGGAGAAUCAGAUCCCAGAACAUCGCGAUUUCGCAAGAGACCUGAGCCGACCUUGUAAGCCGUCGCUAGUCAACUACCAGGCCGAGACGUAUGCGCAGCCACGUGAAGAAGCUCAAGGUUGGGGGAUGUCUUUCUUCAAACUUUUGCACUCGAGUAAAACAGGUAGACGUGCUGGCACUGUUUGGUGGAGUGGCCUGGCCAAUCUCAUCUGGUGGGCGGACAUUGACUCUGGCAUUGGGGGCAUUCUCGCGUCUCAAAUUCUGCCAUUUGGAGAUGACCUAGUUUUCUCGUGCUAUGAAGAGCUCGAGACGGCUCUUUACAAUUCCAUCGAGCAGGCCUUGUGA